CUAAUAAAUUGGGACUUGAAGAGAAGCUUCAGUCGUCGAUACAAAUAGAAUCUGAGUCAUUAAGUCGGUCGAAUGAGCUUGAUCAGAUGCGUGAGAAAUUGGAACAUCGGAAGUUGUUGAUGGGGAAGAUGUCUAUGCGUUCCAAGGUUGUAAAAGAGAAGGUCAGAAAGCAGGAGGAACGACUUAGUGGUGAAAUUAGAUCUCUUUUGGUUGGUGGGAGUUCUAUUUCUGUGGCUAACAAACGCAUGCAGGACUCAAGUAGAUUACUUGCUGGAGAAAAAGGUUAUGGUCAUUUGAAAAAUUUGCAGAAAUCAUUGAGAUUGAGGCAGCAGUAUAUGGUCACGCAGGUCACCUUGCUAUAUCCAGUAAAGGUUGUGGUCAGAAAAUCAUCUGAGCAAGAACUUGAAUCAUUUCGUAGUAGUAUUAAGUCAGGUGUUCCUGAUGGAUCAAAACCUCUCGACCAGGGCACAUUGACCAUCUCCGGACUGCACCUCACUGUGGUCUCUUUUACAAAAAUGAGUUUUUUUACUGACAAGAAGGAGGUUCAGCGAUCAUCAACUGCUCUUGGAUAUGUAGCUCAUGCCGUGUCUCUUAUUUCUUCUUAUUUGCAAGUCCCUCUGCGCUAUCCAUUACGCUUAGGAGGUUCUCGAUCAUUUAUACGUGACUAUUCCCCUUCAGUUGAACUUUCAGCUUCCAGUACGUCUCUGGAUACAGUAAUAUCUACGAGCUCAAAGCCCGUAGAAUUUCCUUUAUUUAUUGAAGGUCAAGACUCAACAAGAGCAGCGUACGCUGUAUUCCUGCUAAACAAGGAUUUAGAGCAACUCUUGAAUUUUAUCGGUGUUAAGAGCGUAGGACCUCGACAUAUAUUAGCAAAUCUAAAGGAGCUUACAUUAACAGUUCUUUCCCAAGAGUACAUAGAUAUGUGAAAGUUUCUGUAAAUGGAUUGAUUACUUGUAUUCUAGAUUAGAAGGGUACUGCUUUUGGCCGUGCACCUUAAAUUCUUUGCCUAUUUUCCAAAUCAGUGCCAAUUAUAUUUGAUGUUAA